UUGUCUCCCUCUCUCUCUACUGUCUCUUUUCUUUGUCUCCCUCUCUCUCUACUGUCUCUUUUCUUUGUCUCCCUCUCUCUCUACUGUCUCUUUUCUUUGUCUCCCUCUCUCUCUACUGUCUCUUUUCUUUGUCUCUCUACUGUCUCUUUUCUUUGUCUCUCUACUGUCUCUUUUCUUUGUCUCUCUACUGUCUCUUUUCUUUGUCUCUCUACUGUCUCUUUUCUUUGUCUCUCUACUGUCUCUUUUCUUUGUCUCUCUACUGUCUCUUUUCUUUGUCUCUCUACUGUCUCUUUUCUUUGUCUCUCUACUGUCUCUUUUCUUUGUCUCUCUAUAUGUCUCUUUUCUUUGUCUCUCUCUCUCUUUUCUUUGUCUCUCUACUGUCUCUUUUCUUUUGUCUCUCUAGAAAGCUUUUCUUUUUGUCUCUCUCUCUCUCUACUGUCUCUUUUCUUUGUCUCUCUCUCUCUCUCUACUGUCUCUUUUCUUUGUCUCCAUCUCUCUCUCUCUACUGUCUCUUUUCUUUGUCUCCAUCUCUCUCUCUCUCUCUACUGUCUCUUUUCUUUGUCUCCAUCUCUCUCUCUCUCUCUCUCUUUUCUUUGUCUCCAUUCUCUCUCUCUCUACUGUCUCUUUUCUUUGUCUCCAUCUCUCUCUCUCUCUACUGUCUCUUUUCUUUGUAUCUCUCUCUCUCUCUACUGUCUCUUUUCUUUGUCUCCCUCUCUCUCUACUGUCUCUUUUCUGUCUCUCUCUCUCUCUCUACUGUUUCUUUUUGUCUCUCUACUGUCUGUUUUUGUCUCUCUCUUGUGUCUCUUUUUGUCUCUCUCUAAAAUCUUUUUUGUCUCUCUCUCUCUCUCUCUCUCUCUCUUAAAAUCUUUUUUCUUUGUCUCUCUCUCUCUCUCUCUCUGGUUUUUUUUCUUUGUCUCUCUCUCUUUGUCUUUUCUUUGUCUCUCUCUCCUCCUCUCUUUUCUUUGUCUCUCUCUCUCUCUCUCUCCUCUCUUUUUUUGUCUCUCUCUCUCUCUCUCUCGUCUCUUUUUCUUUGUCUCCUUCUCUCCUCUACCUCUCUUUCUUUGUCUCUCUACCUCUCUCUCUUUUUCUCUCUCCCGUCUCUUUUUCUUUAUCUCUCUCCUCUCUCUUUCUUUGUCUCUCUCUCUCUCUGUCUCUUUUCUUUCUCUCUCUUUCUCUCUCUCUUUUGGUCUCUCUCUUUCUUUGUCUCUCUCUCUCUCUCUCUCUCUUUGUCUCUCUUUUUCUCUCUCUCUCUUGUCUUUUUCCCUCUCUCUCUCUCUCUCUCUCUCUUUGUCUCUUUCUUUGUCUCUCUCUCUCUCUCUUUUUUUUCUCUCUCUCUCUCUCUCUCUCUUUUCUUGUCUCUCUCUCUCCCUCUGUGUAUCUUUAUCUCUCUCUCCCUCUGUGUAUCUUUUCUUUCUCUCUCUCUCUCUCUCUCUCUCUCUUUCUUUCUCUCUCUCUUUUCUCUCUUUCUUUGUCUCUCUCUCUCUCUCUCUCUCUUUUCUUCUCUCUCUCUUUCUCUCUCUCUCUUCUUUACACUCUCUCUCUUUUCUCUUCUCUCUCUCUCUCAGAAAACUCUCUUUCUUUUCUCUCUCUCUCUCUCUCUCUUUUUCUUUGUCUCUCUCUCUCUCUCCUCUCUCUCUUUCUUUGUCUCUCUCUUUCUCUCUCUCUCUCUCUUCUCUCUCUUUCUCUCUCUUAAAAUUUCUCUCUCUCCUCUACUUCUCUCUCUUUCUACUGUCUUUUUGUCUCACACUCUUUCAUUCUACCGUCUCUUUUCUUUGUCUCCCUCUCUCUCUACCGUCUCUUUUCUUUGUCUCUCUCUGGUGUCUCCUUUUGUCUCUCUCUGGUGUCUCUUUUUGUCUCUCUUUGGUGUCUUUUUUGUCUCUCUCUCUCUUUGGUGUCUUUUUUGUCUCUCUCUCUCUCUAUUGUCUCUUUUCUUUGUCUCUCUCUCUCUCUAGCGUCUCUUUUCUUUGUCUCUCUCUCUCUCUCUCGUCUCUUUUCUUUGUCUCUCUCUCUCUCUCUCUAGCUCUCUCUUUUCUCUUUCUCUCUCUCUCUCUCUUUGCGUCUCUUUUUCUUUCUCUCUCUCUCUCUUUGUCUCUCUCUCUUUCUUUGUCUCUCUCUCUCUAUCUCUUUUCUUUGUCUCUCUACUGUCUCUUUUCUUUCUCUGUCUCUCUCUCUCUUUCUUUUCUUUGUCUCUCUCUCACUCUCUCGUCUCUUUUCUUUGUCUCACACUCUCUCUCUCUCUCUUUUCUCUCUCUUCUCUUUGUCUCUUUCUCUUUUGUCUCUUUGUCUCUCUCUUUCUACUCACGACAGUUUAUUCCAUUACUCCUACUGCAUUUUUUCUUUCUGUCUCUCGUCUUUUCUGUCUCUCGUCUUUUCUGUCUCUCGUCUUUUCUGUCUCUCGUCUUUUCUGUCUCUCGUCUUUUCUGUCUCUCGUCUUUUUCUGUCUCUCGUCUUUUCUGUCUCUCUUUUCUGUUUCUGUCUUUCGUCUUUCUGUCUUUCUUUUCUGUCUCUCGUCUUUUUCUGUCUCGUCUUUUUUGUCUCUCGUCUUUUCUGUCUCUCGUCUUUUCUGUCUCUCGUCUUUUCUGUCUCUCGUCUUUUCUGUCUCUCGUCUUUUCUGUCUCUCGUCUUUUCUGUCUCUCGUCUUUUCUGUCUCUCGUCUUUUCUGUCUCUCGUCUUUUCUGUCUCUCAAAAUUUUCUGUCUCUCAUUUUUUCUGUCUCUCGUCUUUUCUGUCUCUCUCUUUUUGGUCUCUCGUCUUUUCUGUCUCUCGUCUUUUCUGUCUCUCGUCUUUUCUGUCUCUCGUCUUUUCUGUCUCUCGUCUUUUCUGUCUCUCGUCUUUUCUGUCUCUCGUCUUUUCUGUCUCAACAUCUAUGAAUAUUUUCAUUUUUUUUUCGUUCCUUCUUUUUUUUUUUUCUUCUGCUUUUAUUUCUAUUUCAAAGAAAGGAACUGCGUCAUGUUCUUUCUUUCUGAUAUCGGAGAAAGGAAAACUGUUCUCUACUUUCCUCUGUCUCUUCCCCACACGCCUCUGUCUCUCUUUUCCCCACACGCCUCUGUCUCUCUUUUCCCCACACUCCUCUGUCUCUCUUUUUAAAAACACUCCUCUCUCUUUUUCCCCACGCCUCUGUCUCUCUUUUCCCCCACCUCCUCUGUCUCUCUUUUCCCCAACUCCUCUGUCUCUCUUUCCCCCACUCCUCUGUCUCUCUUUUCCCCACACUCCUCUGUCUCUCUUUCCCACACCUCCUCUGUCUCUUUUUCCCCACCCUUCUGUCUCUCUUUUCCCCACACUCCUCUGUCUCUCUUUUCCCCACACUCCUCUGUCUCUCUUUUCCCCACACUCCUCUGUCUCUCUUUUCCCCACACUCCUCUGUCUCUCUUUUCCCCACACUCCUCUGUCUCUCUUUUCCCCACACUCCUCUGUCUCUCUUUUUCCCCACAUAAGCAAAGUCUCUCUUUUCCCCACCUCCUCUGUCUCUCUUUUCCCCACACUCCUCUGUCUCUCUUUUCCCCACACUCCUCUGUCUCUCUUUUCCCCACACUCCUCUGUCUCUCUUUCCCCCCUGUCUUUUCGUCCUCCUGCAGAUAGUGAUAUCUCUCGAGUUCGUCUUAAACUCUGCCGUUGCCUGUGGGCCGUCCGUCCGUCCCGAGCCCUGUCGUUGCCUCCCUGUCGUUGCCUGUGGGCCGUCCGUCCCGAGCCCUGUCGUUGCCUGUGGGCCGUCCGUCCUGAACCCUGUCGUUGCCUGUUGGCCGUCCGUCCCGAGCCCUGUCGUUGCCUGUCCCGUCCCGAGCCCUGUCGUUGCCUGUGGGCCGUCCGUCCUGAGCCCUGUCGUUGCCUGUGGGCCGUCCGUCCUGAGCCCUGUCGUUGCCUAUGGGCCGUCCGUCCUGAGCCCUGUCGUUGCCUGUGGGCCGUCCGUCCCGAGCCCUGUCGUUGCCUGUGGGCCGUCCGUCCCGAGCCCUGUCGUUGCCUGUGGGCCGUCCGUCCCGAGCCCUGUCGUUGCCUGUGGGCCGUCCGUCCGUCCGUCCCGAGCCCUGUCGCUUAUCUAUCUUGA